GCGCAGGGAGCAGCCGGGGGCUCGGCGGCGGCGGCGUCUGGCCCCGGCUCCUCCUCCUCCUCCUCCUCCUCCUCCAUCUCCUCCUCGCUCCCUCCAUCUGCCGUGGUUAUGGCCCGUCGCUGGAGCACAAAAGAGUCUCCGCGGUGGAGGACUGCGUUGGUCUUGCUUUUCCUCGCCGGAGUGUACGGAAAUGGUGCUCUUGCAGAACAUUCUGAAAAUGUGCAUAUUUCAGGAGUGUCAACUGCUUGUGGAGAGAUGCCAGAACAAAUUCGAGCACCCAGUGGUAUCAUCACAAGCCCGGGCUGGCCUUCUGAGUAUCCUGUCAAGAUCAACUGCAGCUGGUUCAUAAGGGCAAACCCAGGGGAAAUCAUCACUAUAAGUUUUCAGGAUUUUGAUAUUCAAGGAUCCAGAAGAUGCAGUUUGGACUGGUUGACGAUAGAAACGUACAAGAAUAUUGAAAGUUACAGAGCCUGUGGUUCGACAGUUCCACCGCCAUAUAUUUCUUCACAAGAUCACGUUUGGAUCAGGUUCCAUUCUGAUGACAGUAUUUCUAGAAAGGGUUUCAGACUGGCAUAUUUUUCAGGGAAGUCUGAAGAACCAAACUGUGCUUGUGAUCAGUUCCGUUGUGGCAACGGGAAGUGCAUACCGGCGGCCUGGAAGUGUAAUAACAUGGACGAGUGUGGAGACAGUUCCGAUGAGGAGAUCUGUGCCAAAGAAGCUGACCCCCCCACGGCUGCUGCUUUUCAGCCCUGUGCCUACAACCAGUUCCAGUGUCUGUCUCGGUUUACCAAGGUUUAUACUUGCCUCCCUGAAUCUUUAAAAUGUGAUGGCAACAUUGACUGUCUUGACCUGGGGGAUGAGAUAGACUGUGAUGUGCCAACUUGUGGGCAGUGGCUAAAAUAUUUUUACGGGACUUUUAACUCUCCCAACUAUCCAGACUUUUAUCCUCCUGGAAGCAAUUGUACCUGGUUAAUAGACACUGGUGAUCAUCGUAAAGUCAUCUUACGCUUCACUGACUUUAAACUUGAUGGCACUGGUUAUGGUGAUUACGUCAAAAUAUACGAUGGAUUAGAGGAGAAUCCGCACAAGCUUUUGCGUGUGUUAACUGCUUUUGACUCUCAUGCACCUCUUACAGUUGUUUCUUCUUCUGGACAGAUCCGGGUACAUUUCUGUGCUGAUAAAGUGAACGCCGCAAGGGGGUUUAACGCUACCUACCAAGUAGACGGCUUCUGUUUGCCAUGGGAAAUACCCUGUGGGGGGAACUGGGGGUGUUACACAGAACAGCAGCGUUGUGAUGGGUACUGGCAUUGCCCAAAUGGAAGGGAUGAAAUAAAUUGCACCAUGUGCCAAAAGGAAGAAUUCCCGUGUUCCCGAAAUGGUGUCUGUUACCCUCGUUCUGAUCGCUGCAACUACCAGAACCAUUGCCCAAAUGGCUCGGAUGAAAAAAACUGCUUUUUCUGCCAGCCGGGAAAUUUUCAUUGUAAGAACAAUCGUUGUGUGUUUGAAAGCUGGGUGUGUGAUUCUCAGGAUGACUGUGGUGACGGCAGCGAUGAAGAGAAUUGCCCGGUAAUUGUGCCUACCAGAGUCAUAACUGCAGCCGUCAUAGGGAGUCUUAUCUGCGGCUUGUUACUGGUCAUCGCGUUGGGAUGUACCUGUAAGCUCUAUUCUCUGAGAAUGUUUGAACGAAGGUCAUUUGAAACACAGCUGUCAAGAGUCGAAGCGGAACUGCUAAGAAGAGAAGCCCCUCCCUCUUACGGGCAGUUGAUCGCUCAGGGUUUGAUUCCACCGGUUGAAGAUUUUCCCGUGUGUUCACCUAAUCAGGCUUCUGUUCUGGAAAACCUGAGGCUGGCGGUACGAUCUCAGCUUGGAUUCACCUCCGUCAGGCUUCCAAUGGGAGGCAGAUCCAGCAACAUUUGGAAUCGUAUUUUUAAUUUUGCAAGAUCACGUCAUUCAGGGUCAUUGGCUUUGGUGUCAGCAGAUGGCGAUGAGGUUGUCCCUAGUCAGAGUGCCAGCAGAGAACCUGACAGAAGUCAUACUCACAGAAGUUUGUUUUCUGUGGAGUCCGACGACACAGACACCGAAAAUGAGAGAAGAGAUGCAGCAGGAGCAUCUGGUGGGGUUGCGGCUCCUUUGCCCCAAAAAGUCCCUCCCACGACAGCAGUAGAAGCAACAGUGGGAGCAAGCGGAAGUUCCUCAACUCCGAGCACCCGAGGUGGUCACACAGAUAGUGGAAGGGAGGUGACGGGUGUAGAACCCCCAGGUGUGAGUCCCGCGCGUCACCAGCUCACAAGUGCACUCAGUCGGAUGACUCAGGGGCUGCGUUGGGUACGCUUCACCUUAGGGCGAUCAAGCUCCGUAAAUCAGAACCAGAGUCCUUUGAGACAGCUUGAUAAUGGGGCAAACGGAAGAGAAGAAGAUGAUGAUGUUGAAAUGCUAAUUCCAGUUUCUGAUGGAGCUUCAGACUUUGAUGUGAAUGACUGCUCCAGACCUCUUCUCGAUCUUGCCUCAGAUCAGGGACAAGGGUUUAGACAACCAUACAGCGCGGCAAACCCUGGAGCGAGGCCAGCUCAUCGAGACGGCCCCUGCGCACGCUGUGGCGUCGUCCAUACCGCCCAGAUCCCAGACACUUGCUUGGAAGCAACACUGAAAAAUGAAACAAGUGACGACGAGGCUUUGUUACUUUGUUAGGUACGGAUCACGGCGAGCGAGGCCGAGCAAGGCCGUGUGCAAGUUGGAGCAGUAUCCCUUCAUUGUUUUGUCACUUCACAAUUAAACUAGUUUUAAUUUAAAAGCAAAAAAGAUGCAGGGUGAUUUCUUAUUCUUCUAUGUUAGCCUGCAUGGUUAAAUUAAACAACUCGUGACUCUAUGAACUUUAGAGUUUACUAUUUUAGCAGCUAAAAUUGCAUUAUGUAUCCAUAUUGUUCAAUAAUGUUCUUCCUUUUGUUUUAAUUGUUCUUACCCUGGUACUGUAGUUCACUGAGGUUUGGCUGCUGACUCACUCAUUUGACUGUCAGUUUAUCUAUUCUGUUAAAACAUUUGUUUGUACAAAAUAAUACUUUCUUCUCAUUGAACCGUUUAUGCGUUUUGCCAUUACAUCUUGUAACUUAAUAUACCAGAUGUCAAGGUGGUUAUAUAUAAAAAGCCCCUUAUAUGCACCUAAGUUUUUACUUAGGUGACAUCUGUCUAAAUAAUACUGGAUUCCAUCAUAAUACGAGCUUUCUCAAAGGGAAAAACCUUUGUCUACAAAUUUUUCUCUUACAUCUAACAUUCUGUGAUGUGAAAUUUAGAUGGAGUUAGGUAAAUUAAUGGCAAAAACGAAACUCUUUUAUAGGUUUUCUAAUGUUGACUUUAAUACUCUAAUAUGGUACAGACCAAAUGGUAAAAUCCCAAGUCAUUUCUUUUCUCAUCUCUAUUUAGGGACAGAAUUAAGCAGAUGAAGAUACUCUACUAUGCAUUAAAUCUUGAACUUUAUAAAAAAUGUACAAAAAUUGUACAAGAUAAGUUCCAACUGGUAAUGUCCUUCCCUGGUACAGGGUGAUGCUUGUAUUGGAGCCUAGGGAUUUGCACUAAAGUCAUAUCAAGGUCACGGAUGAGUUCAGUGCACACGCACUAUCACUUUCAAUACUGUCAUUUGCUACCACAAUGAGUAUAUAUUUCCAUAGCUUUGGGGGGGGAAGUUUUUAUUACAACUUGAAAUUGCUUUGCUGGUUUCAUAUUUAUUUGUUGUAUUUAAAGACUGCAUUAUUCUAAGAGUGAUUUUCAAUAUAUUUUAUUCACUGUGGGGGUGGAUCGUGCUACACAUCAGAAAGCAAAUUAAGAAAUCAUUCAGAUCCACCUCCCCUUGUUAAGUAGAAUGAAUUGCAAACCCCGCAUAUUUUUUUAUUGUCUAUCCUUGUUUAUUUAUUCUUUAGCUGUCUGUUUUAAUAGCUUAAUGAUUGAGUAUGAAAUAUGUAUUUGUGUGUGAUUAUUGCUAUUUAUUAAAUUUUCAAUAUUUUGCUGAAUGUCAUUUUAAAGCAUGUUUGAGGUCUUGUGUAUUUGUCGUGUUAUGCUGUCAGGAAGAACUGGCUGAAAUGUUUUAAUAUGUAUCAAAAAUUAAAAACCAAUUUUUUUGUAUUACCUUGAGGUACUUUUUAAA